CAGACCACAGGUUGCACGCGAGUUAAUCAUGCGUACUGCGUCAGCGCCACCCAUGGCGCCGAGGUCAGCCCCUGGCACUGCAUCUACCGUACCACAGCUGCAGCCACCGGCAGCUGCACCUUCAACGCAGCCACAAAUGCCCGCAGCAGCCAACACCAUACGGGAGGCAGUACAACAAACCUUCCCAUCGAAACUAGUCUUCCCAAGUAUCCAGAACUCGAUUUACGGCUAUCCUCGAAUUGAUGUCUCAGUGCCUAUGUCAACCUUCUCGUCUCAUGGAAGAUAUGUUCCGAACAUGUCUGGCUUUGGAGCCGGUCCCCCGGGUCCAGGAUAUGAAACGGGUAUGCAAUUGCCCGGCCAGUUGAGCAUGGAAAAUCGCAGUUUAUCCUUGCCGUUGGCUUUCCAAGGGUCUUUGACUCCGCCUGGUAUGCCAACUGAGAACGUGGCGGGCCAGACCACAGCCCCUGUCCAGUCAACGGCUGCUGUUCGUCCUCCGAUGAACAUGCAAAAUUUCAGGCAUCAUGGCCCGAUCGAUAGCAACCUCAUCUUGCCAUCAAAUGUUGCAAAUGAACUACGGGACAUCUUUACUUCUGAUGAAGUUACUCCUCGAUACACGGGUACAUUCCAGAAGGACAAAUCUGCAGCUCCAUCGGUCAACCACACUGAAGGCAUCACUAAUUUUUCCGGUACGCCCAACGCCCUGAGUCUAGAUCAGUCUACUUCACAUGGCCCUGGCAAUAUUGCAAAUACUGCCCAAGUUGGCCCCGGCGAAGACCAACCAAAUGAAUCCAAUCCAGCCGCUCAGAAGAAGCCUAAGUCCGCAGGGUCUCAGAAACGUUACCAGUGGGUAAAAGGCGGACGUGGAGGCGGCCAUUACAUCAACCCGGAGACUGGAGAAACACUCUCCAAAGAAGAGGCUGCAGCCCGGGGUGCCAAGCCCAGGGGGUUAACCCGUCCUCGGGACAAGAAAGGCGCACGUACGGAUACUGGAGAUGGCAACAAGCAAACUACAACAGCGCCUGGCGCUGAAAAUGAAGAAGCUCAGAUGGCCGGUACGGGAAAUCAAACUCAGCAUGCACUUCAAGACCGGUUCAGCCGUGCAAGGUCGACGGCGUCUUUGGAAUCUCAACCAUUGGAUGAGAGCUCCACAAUCAUAUCUGGAUCUGCACUUUCGAGAGCUGAGUCUCCAAAGUUGCAGUCAUCUCACGGAAAUCCUACUUCUACACCGGCAGCAACGGACACGACCACAACACCAACUCUGAGUACGGCGUCUAACACAAGGAGCAACGCCACCGUGGGUGCGAGACGUCGUGAACGGGCGAAAGAGCGUGCUGUUUAGAGCAACCAAGGGAAGCACCGAGUUAGGAGGCAGAAGCAGGCAACAAACUUUGAAGGGCAAUAACCUCAGAAAUUGCUUUUGCUACAGAAGAAAAGAAGCUUUAGGAAGUUGGCACUGUAUAAAAUAAAGACGUUGCUGGUAUUGGCAGACUAUCGUACGGGCCGACACAACGGAGUUUAUGGCAUUGAAGAAGGGUUGCGAGGU